AUGAAUGACAGAAGAGAUGAAGAGUCUCAGCCGUUACUGACCGGACGAGCUCAGCAGAUGAAGGUACCCAGUGGAACUCUCCUCAUGGUGGUUUGGGCUGCAGGUAUCGGAGGAACGUUCCAGUACGGCUACAACGUCUCCAUCAUAAACACUCCGACCAAGGCGAUCCAGAGCUUCAUUAAUCAGACGUGGAUCAGGAGGUUUAACGCUCAGAUUUCUCCGGACCUGCUCACCCUGCUCUGGUCCACCAUUGUCUCCAUCUUCACCAUCGGGGGGAUGGUAGGAGCUUCAGUUGGAGCCACACUGGCGGUCAGGUUCGGCAGAAAACCGACGCUGCUGAUGAAUAACAUCUUUGCACUGCUGGCGGGCGUGUUAAUGGGUCUGAGCUACUUAGCUGGAGUGUUUGAGCUGCUCAUCAUCGGACGUUUCCUGUCCGGAAUAAACGCAGGUGUGGGGAUCUGUGUCCAGCCCCUGUAUUUGGGCGAGGUCGCCCCCCGUGCUCUGCGUGGUACCAUGGCGAUGGGAACCUCCAUUUUCAUUACAGGAGGGAUUCUGACAGGACAGGUGAUGGGACUCAAUGAGCUGCUGGGGGCCCCGGAGUAUUGGCCCCUCCUCCUCACCGCCACGGUUCUUCCUGCGAUCCUGCAGCUGAUUUUCCUGCCCUGGUUUCCUGAGAGUCCUCGAUUCCUGCUGAUAGACCGAGCCAAUGAACCCGCCUGCAGCACCGCAUUAAAGCAGCUCCACAGUGGUGACAGUUACCAUGGAGAAUUGGACGACAUGCAGCGAGAGCGAAUCAGCGCCGCCGGAAUCAAACCCAAAAAACCCUGGCAGCUCUUCACUGACCCCAACCUGCGCUGGCCACUCAUCACCAUCAUCUUCAUCUGCACUGCUCAGCAACUCAACGGAAUCAACGCUAUUUAUUUUUAUGCAGAGUACGUCUUCAGUGAGGCAGGAGUUCCAACAGAGAAGAUUCCCUACGCCACGGUGGGAACCGGAGCGUGUGAAUGUUUAACAGCGCUCACCUGUAGUUUGCUGAUCGAGCACUGGGGACGACGAGCUCUGAUUAUUGGAGGAUACUCUCUCAUGUGUCUCUGGUGUAUCUGCUUCACUGUCAGCCUCACGUUCCAGAGCUCCAGUUGGUGGGUCCCGUAUCUCAGCAUGCUCUGUGUUUUCGCCUUCAUCCUCAGCUUCGGUCUCGGACCAGGGGGCGUAACUAACAUUCUGAUCACAGAACUGUUCACCCAGACCACCCGGCCUGCAGCGUACAUGAUCGCCGGGUCAGUCAACUGGCUCAGCUUCUUCUUUAUCAGCAUGGUGUUCCCCUUCAUAGUGAACAGGCUGCAGCAGUUCUGUUUCCUGGUGUUUUUGCUCAUCUGUCUCCUCGUCGCCACUUUUAUUUUCUUAUUCGUUCCUGAGACCAAGAACAAGACGUUCCUGGAGAUCCAGGCUGAGUUCAGUAAAGACAGGACAGACACGUCCAUGAUGAACGGGGACGACGAAAGUCAGGCAUCCACGCCAAUGUGAGACGCUCACCUGUCACAUUCACCUGUCUGUCUCUCCUCCGCAGAUCUCCACUCUCACCACUUCAUCUGUGAUACAGUUAUUAGACACUUCAGCUCAGUUCUGGAUUCUAAUCAGGUUUAAAGACUGAAAUCUGAUUGCUGGAUUAAAUUGAACCCACAGAACAAAUUAUGACAUCAUAAACUUCCUGUUGCACCUUCUAACAGGUAUCUGCUGUAUAAGAUGGGUGUGGUGUUUUGGAUCUGCUUUUAGGGGCCAGAUUUAUGAAUUAGGGUUUGGGUGACACCUAGACUGAAUGUUCUGGGUGGGAGUUUUGGCUCCUAGAUGUACCGUUCUAGUGACAAAUUAAAGGAAAUCAACAGUACUGGUUCUUCAGGUCAUAAGGACUUAAAUGCAGGAUGUAAUCAGAAUGUCCACAUGGAAGAUCCAUCCAUCCACAUAAA